GUAAAUGGCUCAGACACCGUAUUUUUUCAUGCCACGGUGCGGCCACAAGGCGCGCAACCAGGACGACGUCCCAUGUAUGGUGUCCGUUGCGGGCUCGCGGUGGCUCGCGGGCGUCACGCUGGCCUACUGCCUGGGCGGUGCUGGCGCUUUCAUUGAGGAGAGCGCCGAUUGCGACGUCUCUGCCUCCCUCGAGGACCCCACUGACGACCUGGUCCUCGAGUCGUUCUUGUUUCAGCGCGGCGUUCGCGGGCACUCGUCCGCCUCCGCCAGGCGGCACGGCGGGGCCGACGGGCAGCUCCCGCAGUGGAGCCGGGGCGCCCCUGCCGCCAGGGCCCAGCUCCUGGGGCCGCCCCCGAGGCGGGCCCGGGGCACGGCCGUGUCCGAGGCCUACAGCGACUACCCGGGGGAGUCGGUCGUGGACUGGAUCUCCAGACGCGUUGGCAUCGAAGCCUACGAAACGGUCACCGCAGGAACUGAGAUCGCGGGGCACCGCGAGUGGCGUGCUGAGGAGCAGCGAGAGGCGCGCCCAGGACUGGUCGCCGUGCCUGCUGGGCGCGGAGCUCCCGUGCUCCUUCUGGGCCGAGGCUUACUCCUGCGCCACCACCUGGAGCCAGGCGUGCCCGGGCGUCGACAACCCCGCCGGACCGCAGUACAACGACGCCGAGAUCGGCGCGGCCUGCCCGAACCAGUGCGGGAAGGCCGCCGGCGCUCCGGCGCUGGAGCCCCCGCCGGCGGCGGCCGGUGCCGGCGGGCAGAGCCAGCUGUACCCGGCCCUGUGCAACCUGACGAAGCUGGCCUCCUGCUCGAUGUGGGCGUCGGCCUACCCCUCGUGCGCCGUGACGUGGGCCGAGGCCUGCCCAGGAUCGUGGACAACCCCAGCGGCCCGGAGUACAACGGCAUGACCGUGCAGCAGAGCUGCCCACGCCAGUGCGCCGAGAAGGCCGCGGCCAAGGACUGCAUCGGCUCAGCGAACGGCGCCACCGACGCUGGCGACUACGACUGCAAGCUCGGCUACACUUUGCACGGCGGCGGACUGCGGCUUCUACGACGACAGCGACUUUACGGCCGAAGAGAUGUGCUGCGAGUGCGGCGGGGGCGGCCUCCCGGACCGCGGCCCCCGGGGUGCGACGCAGCCGGACCAGCCAGAGGAGCCAGAGGAGGCGCCGCACUCCGCCCUCCCGCCCUCGCCGCCGGCGCCGCCGGCGCAUGCCGCGCCCCUGCCGGCGCCGCCCGCGGCCCCGGCGGUCCCCUCGGCGGCCUCCGCGGCGCUCCUGGCCAGGGCCGCGGCCGGAGACCAGAGGCUCCUGGUCUCCUCCACGGCCGCCUUUGCCACCGGCGACAUGGUCACCGUGGCCGGCGGCGCGGCCAGCGAGACAGUCACGAUCUACCUUGCCGACAGGAGAUUGAGCCCCUGUACCUCCAGGUCAAGGCUGGGCUGCACGGCGCGUACCCAGUGGGGUCGAUCGUCACGGAGAAGGUCCCAGCGCAGACGUACUGGUGCCACGACCAGCUGCAGUUCGACUGCGGAGUCUGGGCCGCGUCGUUCCCCUGCACGUACUCCUACAGCGUCGUGUGCCCGGGCAGGGACUCGCCCUACGGCUCCGCCCUGAACGGCGUCGCCCUGUCGACGAUGUGCCCCAGCGAGUGCGGGCUGCCGAAGGCCACCGCGAGUAGCACGGCGACGACCUCGGCGGCCACCACGCCUGCCGCGCCCCCCACGACCACCGCAGCGGAGGCGACCACGGCAGCCCCCACGACCACGGCGGAGACGACGGCGGCUGGCGCCCAGCUGGGGCCGCCCCAGACCUCCCCCGAGAGGGCCGUGUGGGCCACCCCGCUGCCCGCGGUGGCGCCGGAGGCGGACGCCACGGCCGACGUCCCCGACGCCGCGGUGCCCGAGCAGGAGGCCGGGAGCUCGCGGGCGGCCAGCGUGCCCGCGCAGUGGGCGUGGAUCAGCAACUUCCGCAUGGCUCACGGCACGCCGCUCCCGAGCGCCGGCGACGCCGGCCACGCCGUGUACCUGGGCACGGCCGGGUCCCACGCGGAGGCCGAGGGGCUGGCGCAGGCCUCGAGCCAGGGGCCCUUCGUCGCCGUGAACUGGCGCCGCCCGGGGGCCGCGGAGGACUCGUCCGCGGAUGGUGCGGUGUACGGCCUCACCACGCAGGACGGCUGGCAAGGAGAGGGCGACCAGGUCCACGACACGGCCCUCCGCGUCGACCCGGCGCCGAGCAGAGGGGCACAGCUGCUGUCCACGGGCUCCCGCGGGUCCCGUGCCGACAAGAAGGCCCCCAACCUGUCGACGGUCCUGGAGCUGUCGGGGGGCCAGGAGGAGCCUGCCCAGCCCGCGGGCCAGGCGGAGGGCGACGCUGCAAGGGCGAGGGGCGCCGUGCUGGACUUCGACAGCGCAGAUCAGGACUGCACUCGGCAAGGGCCCGGCCCGGGCGGCACCCCGCCGCCAAGGCCGAGGAGGCCGGCGAUGCGGAGGAGGCCAUCGGCCACGCGCAGGUCAG